UUGCAGGUGGUUUGUCGUCACUGCUUAAAAACCCACUGUUACAGCCAAAGCCUCUCAUGUGGGGCUGAAGAACUGACAGUCUGGGAAGCCGGAGUUUGGUCCACGACACUGCAAGGAUGAAGGGCUACAUUUUACUUGUGGUGGUCCUGGCAGUUUCCUCUGCACUUUUCCUCGGCCCAGAGGAACAAGACACAGAGGAUUUUGUAGACUGUGGUGAAGCCAAGAACAUUGAUGAAAUAAACAAAGUAGAUACAAGACAUGAUGAUAUUCUGGAGCCACAAAACACGCAAAAUAGUGUCGUUAUUCAAGAUGACUUCCUGUGGACAUCCCCAGUAGCAUAUGUUUUGGAAAAUGACCUCGAGCUCAAUGCUAAAGGAGUCAUCCUGAAGGCCUUUGACCAGUUCAGGUUGAAAACAUGCAUUGACUUCAAACAAAGAGACUCUGAAGACUAUUACAUCUCUGUCCAAAAGUUAAACGGAUGUUUCUCUUAUGUUGGACGACUUAUGAGUGGACAGCCAGUCUCCAUCGGGAAAUACUGCGAUGAAAUUUCCACUGUCGAGCAUGAGUUUCUCCAUGCUCUUGGCUUCUACCACGAACAGAACAGAUAUGACAGGGAUGAGCAUGUAACCAUUGCUUAUGAGAACAUCCAAGAAGGAUUUGUGGAUAAUUUCAUAAAAGUUAGAAGUGAAGAAAGCACCACUAUGGGAGUUCCAUAUGACUACUGGUCAGUGAUGCACUACGGCCCAAAUGCAUUCAGCAAUGGCAACGGGUCCACAAUCAUGACCAAAGACGAACAGUACCAGGGUGUGAUUGGUCAGAGACGGGACAUGAGUCCCUGGGAUGUUCUGGAGCUAAACCGUCGCUACAAAUGCAGUUCAACCGUUGCAUUUAAUAUGUACUGCGGCUUCUCUGAAAGCGAUUGUCAAAUGACCCGCUGUUCACGGAAGGGCAAUGACUGGAAAAGGGUAACAUAUGCUUACGGGGGUCCUAGGUCCGACCACACCAGUCUACCCACUGGCAGUACUUAUGGAGAUCAAACUAUAGGUUACUUCAUGCAUGCUAGCACAGCAAAAGGUACGGAGGGAGACUCCGCCUGGCUGGAGACCAAGCGGAUGAUGCCAACCAGGGAGUGUCACGUCCAGUGUCUCCAGUUCUACUAUUAUCACAGUGGGAAUGAGUCUGACAUACUUAACAUUUGGAUCAGGGAGUUUCAUGAUGAACGGGACUUCACAGGAACCCGCCGCCUGAUGGGACAGAUCACAGGUCCACAAACAUCUCACUGGCAGAUCCAUCAUGUUUCCCUGAAUGCCAAAAAGGACUUCCAGGUGGAAUUUGAGGCUCGUAAAGGAGCGGGGAAGUCCUCAGGCGGCUUCUCAAUUGAUGACAUCAAUCUGUCUGAGAUCGAGUGUCCACAUGUUACCAUACAGUUCAAUGAUUUUGAAGAGCUUUUAAGCAGCAGUAGCUAUAAUACCGUGUUAAACAGCCCGCGUCAGUACUCCAGAGGAGGCUACUCUUACCGUGUCAGCGUAGUGUUGUUCAAGACGUUUGCUGGAGCGUUCGUACAACUCUUGUCAGGUAAAAAUGAUGAUCAGCUGGAAUGGCCUUGCCCAUAUAGGCAGGUGACUAUGCAUUUGGUGGACCAAACACCCAACAUCAAGAUGCACAUGACAAUGCAAAGGAGUUUUACCACUGACCCAACCACAAUCAACAGUCAAGGUUUUAACUUUUGGGACGAUCCUCGUAAGAUUGGAAAUCCAUUCAAAGAUGAGAAUAAUCAGACGGUCUAUGGCGGACCUAGAUAUGGCCCAAAAUAUUUUGCACGUUUGGAAACUUUGAAAUCCAGAAGCUUCCUGAAGGGAGGGAGUGCCGUAUUCACCUUCACCUUCGAAGAUCUCAAUCUCCUAAUUAAUAAAAGUGCUCUACCGUGUCCUCAAAUUGCACCAGUGAAGAUCGCCUAUCCUCCCAAAGAUCUGGAUAGUGGCCCAUGCUCACCGAGGAUCCCAUCCACCACCAGACCACCUCAGACAAAAACAACUCCUAUAACAGCACUUCCUAAAACUACUGAUGACGACAGCAUUUUUGGCUUCUCUCCUGCCAUGGUGGCUUCUCCUGUCCUCACCCUCCUGCUUGCACUGAUGCUUUUAAUACUGUGAUGUGCAUCUGCUCAUAUUAGCAUCCAUGCACACAUGGACCGAACCAGCUUUUUGUCUCGGUGGAUUCUUUUCCUUUUAAAAAAAAAAAUGAGGCUGCAGAGGGUAGUGAACAGUUGGGAGACAAUGAACGGGCAUAUGUAGUUUUACUGUAUGAUUGAUAAUAGCAUUGUUGAAGAAAUGACUUAUAAAGUAAUUAGCAUUUUGUGGUGGGAUCAUAUUUCUUGUAAUAUAUUUCUAGCAUUUAGCAUACCAUUUAUGGAUUAUUCCUGAAAAUAUGUUCAUGGGUUUGUGGUAUUUGAUGCAAUACAGAAUUUCUUUAAGGCAAAUAAAUAAAACACAAAAGCAUAUUUUUGCAUCUUUAAA